AUGGACAUGGGCAUGGAUAUGGGCGGUGACAGCCCGUCGUCUUUACCACUAAAUGCAACCGGAGUCGACUUUUCCAACGAGACACAGGCAUUCGAUUUUCUGCAGGAAAUACUCGACGACUCGACUUUGGGCGCCAUUGGAAACCAAUACGCCCGAUACUUCUGGUAUGGCGUCGUGGUGGUCAUUGGCAUUGCCAGUCUCUGCAACAUUGCGCAGAGGUCUGUAUUAUGGAUGAGACUCAGAGCAAGCGCGAGAAACCGCUCACGGCCGGCCAUGUCUACAAACCUCUUCACUCAAAGCCUCGCGACCGCAGCCGCCCUCCUUCGAGAGCCGAGCUAUCUGCAGAUCACACCCGCCGCAGCCUCGAGAUGGAUCAAAGUGCCUCCUCUUGGCCAUAUAUACAUCAUUGUCGCAUACUUCGGCUUUAUCCUAGCGCUGGUGUUUAUCAACAACAACGUCCCUGGCGCUCAGCACUACCAGGCUCUGGGUAUUCGUGCUGGAUGGCUCGGAGCGGCGCAGGUACCGCUACUGAUACUGACGUCGAGUAAGACGAAUCUAAUCGGUUUCUUUGCAAAUUCAUCCGUUGAGCGGCUCAACAUUUACCACCGAUGGGUCUCUCGCGGCUUGCUGCUGCUGGCAACGCUGCACUUCGGCCUGCAAAGCCACGCCUGGAACAUCUACGGGCUGAUGGCGAUGGAGUGGCAGACUGACGCUUGUCCGCCUACUGGCAUGGCAGCGUAUGCCAUCUUACUGUGGAUGAACCUGACAUCUCUGGCACCUCUGCGGUUUUUCUCCUACAAAAUAUUUGUCGUGCAGCAUCUGCUCACGUACUUUGGCUUUACGAUUGCCAUUGUCUAUCACCUUUACGGGACCUCGUCGCCUUAUUCUACGAAUUAUAUCUAUAUAAGCAUUGCCCUGUAUCUGGUUGGACAGCUAAUUCGCUUUGUACGGACUGUCGUAGUCAACAUUCGACCGAGCAAAGCGACUUUGACAGUGCUUGAAGGCGACGCUACUAAGAUCCGGCUCUCCAGCCGACAGAUCAAAUCAUGGGGCGCGGGCUCUUAUGUACGUUUAUUUAUGCCGCGGUUCAACGUCGUCCUUUGGCAUCCUGCGACAAUACUAUCAACCCCAUCAUCACACGACGGUGAUUUAGUAUUUAUCUUGCGCGCAUGUGGUGGCUUCACUCGACGUCUUCUCAAGGCUGCGGAAGCUGGUAGCCAUCAGUCUGAGCAUUUGGCUCUCAUCGACGGACCGUAUCCAAGCCCGCACGCCGAUUUCGCCUGCUUUGAUACACUGUUCCUUAUCGCCGGAUCGACGGGAGUGACUUUUAUCCUGUCUGUUCUUCUCGAUAUCGCAAGGCGAGCACAAGCGAAGAAACCUCUUCCGCUCCGAACUCUCCACUUCACUUGGGUGAUUAAACGCCGUAGCUGGAUAUCUUGGGUUUCUGAGGAGUUGCAAUCAGCAUUCAACAUACUUCAAGAGGCGGGUAUUGAAACCGUAUGCAAUAUCCACAUUACAUGCGAUGACGAUAUUGCGAAUGAUGUGUCUGCUGGUGGAUGUCAGUGUGGAGAUGGCUGUGGAUGCUGCAAAGUACAAGAAGAGAAACAAGACGGUGAAAUUGAUCAUCAAACAAGUCAUGAUAAAGAGAAAGAGGCUGAAGGAAACACGGUGCAAUCUUCCAGGUCACAGAGCCGUGGGACUUCAGACGCAGAUCUUCCGUACGCCGAGAUACAAGUUGGACGGCCUACAUUUAGGAAUCUAUUAGAGAGACGGGUACUUCAGGCUCAGGGCGAGACGGCCGUUGCGGUUUGUGGUCCAUUGGGCUUGUCUGUGGCAGUAAGAGCGGCAGUAGUAAAAGUGAGCGAUGAUUUGGCUGUUGACAAAGGAAGUAAAUUGUCCGGAGUUUAUUUACAUGUCGAGAAUUUUGAAUAG